GAUCAGAAGGGGAAAGAGACGGCAGAAUUCUCUGUCUACAUCGGUUUUCUCUGUUCGUCAUUUGUUUCUUUUCGAGUAUAAUUCUCUGUCAUUGCAUCGUUUGUUUUGGAAAUCGUUGUUCUUCGUCCUUAAUUCACAACUGAGAUGGGUUACGAAGACAAUCCGUAUGUCGAUGAAGAAGGUGAGGCAUUAAUGGAAUUAUGAUGAUAUGCCAUCGCCGAUCGCGAGCCAUCGCCAGAGCGUCGCCAUAGAAUGGACUCUAGAGAUGGUGACUUCGAUCUGGAUAUUUCAAGGGAACGCAAAGCUUGUCAAUCUUCUGGACAGCAAGCUUCAAGGUCAGAAUCAUCUUCUAGGCAACAUGCCACAAGGCCAGAGGCAACACCAAUGGACUUUGUUGUGCGUCCCCAGUCCAAGAUUGACCCAGAAGAGGUUCGAGCCCGUGCUAAACAAAUUGUACAAGAUCAGCGCCGACUAAAGGACUCGCAUGAUGGGAUCUGUUGUCCCCUCAAUAUCUCGUCUCCAGAAACUGUUGCUUUUCUCUCAAAAGUGGCAGCAAGCUCAGACCCGGACCAACUGGAAGAGGCAACACGCAACAAAACCCUAGCAGAAGUCAAAUUCAAGGACUCAAACUUCAAGUCAGCUCUAAAGCAUGUGAAGAAAGCCCACCGCAUCUCCCCAAACAUGGGGGGCUUAUCUUCAAUGCUCACAGCCUUCAAGAUCCUUUACGUCGCCUCAAAAGCUGCUGUUGGAACAGCAUGCGAUUGGUACAAGAUUCUCCAAGUAGAGCCCUUCUCUCACAUUAAUACGAUUAAGAAACAGUAUAAGAAACUUGCGUUGGUCUUGCACCCUGAUAAAAAUCCACACCUAGGAUGCGAAGAGGCAUUUAAACUUGUGGGGGAGGGUUUUGGGGUUUUGUCGGAUAGAAUUAAGAGGAAAGAAUAUGAUAUGAUACUUAGGAUUAGGAUGCAGGAGGAGAGAGUUAAUGAGGUUGAGACGACCGUGGUGGAGACGUUUUGGACCGCUUGUUCGAGGUGUAGGUUACUGCAUCAGUUUGACAAGAAGUAUUUGGGGCAUAAUUUGGUAUGCCCUAGUUGCAAGAGAAGUUUUCAGGCUGUGGAGGUUGAGAGUGCAAAUGGUGGUGAUCCGAAUCACAAGGGAAGUGGACAUAGGGAGAGGAGUAAGAGGUUGAAGAGAAAAGUAGAUGGUGGUGAGUGGUUUUGGAAUGCGAGCUUGGGAAAUAAAGUGGUUAGAGAGGGUUUGGAAGGAGAAGAUAAUGGUGUCGGUGGUAGCUGUGAAGACAAAAAUCAUGGUUCAGGGAAGGAGUUCGGUGGAGCGGGUGGUCUAUGGGCUGGGGGAAGAUUGAGGACUGGGGGA